UCUGCAGGGAGGACUUUCCCAGCUCCUGGGUUGGUUGCUGCACACAAGCCUGACUCCCAUCGCAGGGGUCCUCCAAGAGGAAAUACCAAAGCUACAGGAGUUAUGAAACCCCAUGAGCCAUCCAAACCCAUGAGGCAAAUGCUGAAGAAAAUUCUGCAGGAAGGACAAGAAGUGGAUGGAGAGGCUGUGCUGAAGGCAGCGUUUCCCGGAGGAAGCAGUGGCUCAUGGGCAGCCUCUGCUGCAGGAAGGGAGGCCAUGCCAGGCACAGUCACAGUCCCAGGAGAUUUGGAACGCAACCUCAUUUAUUUGGAAGUGCUACUGAAUGAUACUUUGAAUAUCUUGGAGAAUGCUGGAGCCAAGCCUCUUGCUGAAGGUGAUCUGGCUUCCCAACCCACACCCAGGACUGAGGCUCUGGAAGAUGGUGAGGGUGUGUCUGCAGGGAGGACUUUCCCAGCUCCUGGGUUGGUUGCUGCACACAAGCCUGACUCCCAUCGCAGGGGUCCUCCAAGAGGAAAUACCAAAGCUACAGGAGUUAUGAAACCCCAUGAGCCAUCCAAACCCAUGAGGCAAAUGCUGAAGAAAAUUCUGCAGGAAGGACAAGAAGUGGAUGGAGAGGCUGUGCUGAAGGCAGCGUUUCCCGGAGGAAGCAGUGGCUCAUGGGCAGCCUCUGCUGCAGGAAGGGAGGCCAUGCCAGGCACAGUCCCAGGAGAUGAGGUUCCCAGGAAGGAUUCUCCAUUAGAUUGGCUGCAUAAAGUUUUGAAGCCCUUGGAGCCUCCUGCAGGUGUGUCUGCAGGGAGGACUUUCCCAGAUCCUUUGCUGAUCACUGCCCGCAAGCCCGGCUCCCAUCGCAGGGGUCCUCCGAGAGGGAAGAACAGAGCCACAGGACAGAAAGAACCACUUGAGUCACACCAUAUCCUGAAAGAAAUAGAGAAGGAACUGCUCACAGGGCGUGGGAUGGACAGAGAGGCUCUAUGGAAGGCGGCAUUUCCUGAAGGAAGGGAGGCAAUUGCAGGCACAGGCCCAGGCACAGGAGAUGCAGCCGGCACAACACGUGUUCCCAAUUCCCAGAAGGGCAUCAGAAGAGGUUUCUGUCAGGGAACACGCUGUUGGCUAGAAUUAAUGGCAGGCCUGCUUUGUUUGGUGCAUUUCUUCGUUUUAUGCGGUGUUGGAAUCUGGUAUGCCUGCAAGAGAAAACAGAGCGCCUCUGCACCUUCAGAUGUCCGGCCAAACAGCUCAGUGUUGUGAAAAAUGAGGUUCACAUAUUUUUCUUAUAGAAUUUAAAGGUUUAAUGAAAAGAUA